GCGCCCUAACCAAUAGAGAACUUCCGUAUUGUGUAGAUAACCCAAAGGCUCAUCGACCAUCGUGAUAUCUAAUCAGUUUCUAAAGGCAUCACUAUCGAUGACAAGUGACUUUGGUGUGUAUCCCGUUGACUGUCGGGAGACAUAUCUACACACCCUGGAUGUACGGAGAGUUCCUUUGCAAAGCGAUGGAUUUUGUACAAGGUGUGUAUGUGGAAGGAAGCGUGCUGACUAUCGUUUGUAUGAGUGCUGAGAGAUAUCUCGCCAUUAGACAUCCGCUCAAAGCCAGAGUUUUCUGCAACACGGCUAAAGUCAAGCAGGCGGUGGUGGUCACGUGGGUCACAGGAAUAAUUGCCAUGUGUCCACUGGUGAUUUACAAGAAACUCAAGAGUGAAAAUCUGCCCACUGAACUGAACGAAAUGUCCAUUCAAUACUGCAUAGAGACCUGGCCAUCGAAACAGGACCAAAUGAUCUAUAACAUUUUCCUGCUGUUCAUAAUUUACAUCAUUCCAGGAGUGGUCGUUAUCGUGCUUUACUCAAUGAUAGGCUUCAGUCUCUGUCGGAAAGACAACCAUCUACAGCGCUCAAAUUCGAUUGCCAGUGGUCACUACGAUGACCGCGUCAUGGUGAACAGGAGACGUUUGGCGCGACUUCUCAUCAUUCUGUCAGUACUGUUUGCUCUCAGCUGGAUGCCGUAUUUUCUAUUAAGUUUAUUUUCGUAUUUAGAACUAAGUGCGGAGAGUCAGAAGAUAAUGAAUCAAAUUUACCCCUUCGCUUUGCUCUUGGGACAUUCCAACUGCGUUCAGAAUCCAAUACUGUACAGCUUCAUGCAUAAAGGAUUUUAUAGGUUUACCGCGCAAAUACUUCGUUGUCGAUGUGACCAAUUUAACAGGGGACGACUUAGAUAUGGUGCUUCUUAUUCCUCAACACGCGAAUAUGGAAACAAGAGUCCAAAUCGCUCCAAAGGACCAGCUACUGACGUCAUCGCAUUGUAUGAUUAUGAACGAGCAACUGUGAAAUCCAGACUUUUACCAAGAAAACGGAUUUCAUGAUUUGUGGAAAAUUUGAUUUGAUUACAAAUGCUUAUAUGAACAAGUAUUCUGUAUGCCCCAGGAUUCCGGUGUCAUUUCUUUUUUCCAGGUUUUUUUUUCUCCACCGGAAAUAAUUGUAAUUUUUCUCUACAAUUAAUACAUGUGAAAUUUAUAUAGAUAAUGGAAUACAUCUUUUUUAAACAUAUACAUUAUUUAAUCCGGAAAAUGUGUUCAUAUAUUCUCAAUAUAACGACAAUAAACUUUGCCGGUUUCGUUUUUGUCAAGCAUAUAAUAUAUUGUACUUCUAGAUUUUUAAACGAACAAAAAUAUUAAAUCAUUUAGUAAUUAUAUGACAUCAAUUUUGAAUUAAUAGGAUGCCAGAUAGUUACGGGAAACAUUUGUUCUGAUAGCCGGUGUUGGUCAAUAAAAUACUGAGUAAUUGCACACACACACGCAUGUGUGUGCGUGUGUAUUUUAUUUGCAAUUAUGUAUAUAUAAAAAUCUUCCAUUUGAUCGUUUUACAUCCUUUGACAUUUUAUAUAUUAGCGGCAACACUAAUCAAGAUACUUUUAGGAAUAAAAUCCAACCUCACAUUUUUCUGAACCGUCUUUCACACAGUCAGAAUAUAUCUAAAUAAAUAAAAUCCUAAUAGCAAAUUAUAAUCAAAUGGAAGUGUCUGGAAUUGGUAUGUAUGUUAAGGCGAUGUUAAAUCUGAAAUAACACGGUCUACACCAGAACGGUCACAUCGAACAUCGCUCGUGACGCCGGCUUGUGCGUGUAUAUAGUAAACCAACCCUAUAACAAAUUUAUCGGGAGUCGAAUCCGCAGAAGAUUGUUUCCCUGUAAUAACCAAUAUGUCGCAGAUGUCCCCAGCUGAUAAGGUAUACUGUUUUUGAUUAUCUCAAAAUGUUACCCAAGUUUCAAGCUAGCAACCAACCACUCCAAACUAUGACGUGGAUCUUAAUUCGCUGUACAACACAAGAGUUUACAUUUCAUUCUGGAAGAUCAACUGGCCCUCUAAGUCCUAUUUUUUUUCUCUCACCGCUUCUUUUCUUUUUGUUAUCUGUCAUUUGUUUUGUUAUUUUGACUGUAUGCCAACAUGGUGAUGUCAA